CUGAUUGUCCAUAGUACCUCCAUUUGCCUUCAGGCUCCCUUGAGAGCCAGCUCAGAGCCAGCGUCUUCCCCACCGCGGCAGCGGAACUCAGAGCGCCAACCAGGGCUCUGGAGGCAGCGGAUGGAGAGCCUCCAACAGGUGCCGCAGGAAAGCAAUGCCGGGAGCUCAGCUCGCCGGCGGGCACUUUAGACCGCACGGAACCAAAGUCCUGAGGGAAGCGCGAGCUCGCGGACCGCGGAAAGAGGUGCCCACCGGAAGCGGCCGCGAGACCCGAACAUGGCGGCCACCCGGUACCUGUGCUGGGGUCUGAGCCGAGCCGGAGCCUGGCUGCUGCCGCCGCCUGCGCGCUGCCCCUGCCGGGCUCUGCACAAACAGGUAUACGGUACCGAGUUCCAGAGCAUCUACAGCUUGGACAAGCUCUACCCCGAGUCGCGGGGCUCGGACACCGCCUGGAGGGUCCCGGAUGAUGCAAAGCAAGCCAACAAUGACAUUCCUCUGGAUCGCUUGACAAUAUCUUAUUGCCGGAGUAGUGGUCCUGGGGGCCAGAAUGUUAACAAAGUGAAUUCCAAGGCUGAAGUCAGGUUCCAUUUGGCAACUGCCGACUGGAUUGCAGAGCCUGUGCGACAGAAAAUGGCCAUCACGCAUAAAAAUAAGAUCAACAGGUCAGGAGAGUUGAUACUCACCUCUGAAUGCAGCCGCUAUCAGUUCCGAAAUCUGGCAGAUUGCCUCCAGAAAAUUCGAGACAUGAUCGCUGAGGCCAGCCAGCCAGCCAAGGAGCCAUCCAAAGAAGAUGCUGUGCUACAGAGAAUCAGGAUAGAAAACAUGAAUCGGGAAAGGCUGAGAAAAAAGAGAAUAAAUUCUACCAUAAAGACAAGCAGGAGGGUAGAUAUGGACUGAAGUCAUCCUCCAGAGCCGGCAAAGGCCCUCUUCAGGGCGUGCAGGCAGCUGCAGCCGAGGGAGCUCUAACACCAGCAGGCGACUUCUUUGUUGGUCGUGGUUGUUAACGUUUGUCUAACACUGGAGCCAUCAUGAGAGUGUUCAAUUGCACUGGUUGCAGUCACUGUUUGCAAAGGUCUUUAUAAGCAAUCACGUGUUGUCAAACCUUAAUUAUCUAUUUGAUACAUUAGCUGCAAUAAAAUUCUAAAUGCA